GAUCUUCGUCGUCGUCACCAUCAUCACCAUCAUCAUCAUGGCACCUGCUCUGGACGUCUACGACUCGUCCUCCAAGGAGAACCGUACCGUUGGAGCCCUCGGCAAGACGGUUUCGGGUAAGAACCUCAAGAUCAGGGCCCCCCCUCAGUACGAGUCUCUAGAGGAAGAGAGGUUGUACCGUAAACAACAUCUGGCGGCGGCUUUCAGAGUCUUUGCCGACCGUGGUUUCGACGAAGGUGUGGCGGGUCACAUCAGUGUCCGUGAUCCCAUAUUGACCGAUCAUUUUUGGUUAAAUCCUUUGUCGAUGCACUUUUCACAAAUUUGUGUUUCGGAUUUGAUCUUGGUGAAUGAAGAUGGUCAAGUCGUCAUGGGUGAUGAACCUAUCAACGCCGCGGCUUUCGCCAUUCACUCGGAGAUCCACAAGGCCAGACCCGACGUCCACGCCGCGUGCCACGCCCACAGCGUCUACGGCAAGGCCUUUUCGGUCUUUGGUCGCCACCUGGACAUGAUGACCCAGGACGCCCUACGGUUCUACAAGUCCCACGGGGUCUACGACAACUUCGGCGGGGUCGUGUUGGACCGGGAGGAAGGGAGGCGCAUCGCGGCCGCCCUGGGGGACGGCAAGGCGGUCAUCCUCCAGAACCACGGCCUCUUGACCUGCGCAAAGACGGUCGACGCCGCCGCCUUUUGGUUCAUCAGCCUCGACAAGACCUGCCACGCCCAGUUGUUGGCCGACGCCGCCAGUGCCGGGUCGGGCCACCGGAAGAAGCUCAUCAGUGACGACGAGGCCGAGUUCAGCUACUCCCAGGUCGGGACCGACGAAAAAGGUUGGUUGGCCUUUCAGGGUUAUUACGACGAACAGCUGGCCAAGACGAAAGGGGCCUUCUUGAAGUAA